ACGCAAAUUAUAUUAUUUUUGACCAUAUAUUUAUUUAUAUAUAUACUAUAAUCCUACUAGCUAAUCAAGAGUCAAAGAUCAUCACAAGCCUCAAGCUCAAGAGUUUGCUCAUGAGCUCUGAUUCUUUGAUUUGACAGAAGAUAAAUUCUCCGAGUUCAGGUUAUAGUGGAUCCCUGCUAUGGCGGAGGAGAACGGUGAUCCUAGUUUUAUUCACGAGGCUAACACGUUGACAUCUAAAACGGGAGAGCGAAUGGCGGAGGAGGAGAAGGAGAAGGAGGAGAAAGAGUCGAGCUCGACGGAGAUGAAAGAAGAGGAGAAGGAGAAAACUAAAACAGUUCCAUUUCUUAAGCUUUUUUCGUUUGCGGAUUCAACUGAUCUGUGGUUGAUGAUUUUCGGAAGCCUUGGCGCUAUUGGAAAUGGAGUUUCUAUGCCUCUCAUGUCAUUGCUCAUGGGAGAAAUGAUUGAUUCUUUCGGAAAUAAUCAGACUGAUAAAGAUAUGCUCAAGAUAGUUUCCAGGGUGUCUCUCAAGUUUGUUUACUUAGCCAUUGGAGCUGCAGUAGCUUCCUUUCUUCAGGUUACUUGUUGGAUGGUAACAGGAGAAAGACAGGCAGCACGAAUAAGAGGGUUCUAUUUGAAAACUAUACUAAGACAAGAUAUUGCCUUCUUCGACAAGGAAACAAACACCGGAGAGGUCGUCGGUAGAAUGUCCGGUGAUACUGUUCUGAUACAAGAUGCAAUGGGUGAAAAGGUGGGAAAAUUUCUACAGCUGAUGGCUGCAUUUUUCGGGGGUUUUAUAAUAGCAUUUGUGAAAGGGUGGCUUCUUACACUCGUCAUGUUAUCUGCUAUUCCCUUGCUGGUAGCAGCUGGAGCAACUGUGUCCAUUUUGGUCUCAAGAAUGGCAAGUCGUGGACAGAAUGCUUAUGCAGAAGCAGCUAUUGUAGUAGAGCAGACAAUCGGCUCAAUUCGAACGGUUGCAUCGUUUACUGGAGAGAAGCAAGCAAUCGGUGUUUACAACAAGCAUCUUCAAGCUGCAUAUAAAUCAGGUGCACAUGAAGGAGCUGCUUCUGGAGUAGGUAUUGGAGUAGUUUUACUUGUUGUGUUUUGUAGCUAUGCCAUGGCCGUAUGGUUUGGUGCGAAGAUGAUACUCGAAAAAGGAUAUACCGGAGGAGAAGUGAUUAAUGUCAUUAUCGCUGUAUUGACCGGUUCCAUGUCCUUGGGACAGACGUCUCCUUGUAUGAGCGCUUUUGCAGCAGGACAAGCUGCAGCGUAUAAAAUGUUCGAGACAAUAAACAGGAAGCCAGAGAUCGAUUCUUGUGAUACAAGCGGAAGAGUAUUGGACGACCUCCGAGGAGAUAUAGAGUUGAAAGAUGUAUAUUUCAGUUAUCCAGCAAGACCUGAUGAAGAUAUAUUUAGUGGAUUUUCACUUUCAAUCCCUAGUGGUUGCACUGCAGCUUUGGUUGGGCAUAGUGGAAGUGGGAAAUCAACAGUUAUCAGUCUGAUAGAGAGAUUUUAUGAUCCAAGAUCAGGAGAAGUUCUCAUUGAUGGAACUAAUCUCAAAGAAUUUCAACUUAAAUGGAUUAGAAACAAAAUUGGCCUCGUCAGCCAGGAACCCGCACUGUUUACGUCUAGUAUCAGGGACAAUAUUGCAUAUGGGAAAGAUGGUGCAACCGUUGAGGAGAUAAAAGCUGCAGCGGAACUUGCUAAUGCUGCAAAAUUUAUUGACAAAUUACCUCAGGGGUUUGACACCAUGGUAGGUGAGCAUGGAACUCAACUUUCUGGUGGGCAGAAACAGAGAAUUGCUAUUGCAAGAGCGAUUUUGAAGAACCCUCGAAUUUUGCUUCUAGAUGAAGCCACGAGUGCACUUGAUGCGGAAUCUGAGAGGGUAGUUCAAGAGGCACUAGACAGGAUUAUGGUAGACAGAACAACUGUUAUUGUUGCCCAUCGUUUGACCACUGUUAGGAAUGCUGAUAUAAUCUCCGUCAUUCAUCGAGGAAAAAUGGUUGAAAAGGGUACACAUUCAGAACUACUUGAGAACGCUGACGGAGCGUACGCUCAGCUUAUAAGAUUACAAGAAGUAAACAAGGAGUCAGAACAGCCAUCACAUGAGUUCAGUAGAUCAGAGAUAUCUUCAGAUUCAUUCAGACAAUCGAGUCAGAGAAGAUCACUUCGGCGUUCCAUAAGUAGAGGUUCAUCAAGAAAUAGCAGCAGACGCAAUGACUCCUUGUCACUCACAUUUGGGUUGCCUGCAGGACUCAAUGGCCCUGAAAAUGACUUGGAAGAUUUAGAAACUUUCACAUCAAAAGAAAAAAAUCCAGAGGUCCCAAUCCGCCGCCUUGCUUCUCUCAACAAGCCAGAGAUUCCAGUUCUUAUAGCCGGUGCUAUUGCUGCAAGUGUCAAUGGCACAAUACUUCCCAUUUAUGGUACACUGAUUUCCAAAGCAAUUAAAACAUUUUUUGAACCACCUCAUAAAUUGAGGGAGGACUCAAAGUUUUGGGCAUUAAUGUUUAUGACCCUUGGUCUGGCGUCACUUGUGGUCUAUCCAUUGAGAACAUACUUCUUUUCUGUGGCUGGAUCUAAGUUAAUCCAACGGAUUAGGUCACUUUGUUUUGAGAAGGUGGUUCACAUGGAGAUUGGUUGGUUCGAUGAUCCUGAGCACUCGAGUGGUGCAAUUGGUGCUAGACUCUCAGCAGAUGCAGCAGCAGUGCGAGCCUUAGUUGGCGAUGCACUAGCCCAAUUGGUUCAAAACAUUGCAACAGCUUUGGCAGGACUGAUCAUUGCUUUCACUGCUAGUUGGCAACUAGCACUUAUUAUCCUUGCACUAAUCCCCCUAAUUGGCAUCAACGGUGUCAUACAAGUAAAGUUCAUGAAAGGAUUCAGUGCAGAUGCAAAGAUGAUGUAUGAGGAAGCAAGCCAAGUGGCUAAUGAUGCAGUUGGGAGUAUAAGAACUGUUGCUUCUUUCUGUGCUGAGGAGAAGGUGAUGCAACUAUACGAAAAUAAAUGUGAAGGCCCUACGAGGACAGGAGUAAGGCUAGGAUUAAUAAGUGGUAUAGGAUUCGGAAUGUCAUCCUUCUUUUUAUUCUGUUUUUAUGCAACUAGUUUCUAUGCUGGAGCUCGACUAGUUGAGGGCGGCCACAUAACAUUUGAUGAUGUUUUUCAAGUAUUCUUCGCUUUGACUAUGGCAGCAGUAGGAGUUUCUCAGUCUAGUUCCAUGGGUACAGAUUCCACCAAAGCAAAGGCUGCCGCUGCUUCUAUAUUUGGAAUAAUAGAUAGGAAAUCAUUGAUUGAUCCUACUGAUGAGUCAGGAACAACAAUAGAAAAUGUUAGAGGAGAAAUUGAGCUUCGCCAUAUAAGCUUUAAGUACCCAUCCAGGCCAGAUAUUCAGAUUUUUCGGGACCUCAGCUUAACUAUUCGUUCUGGAAAGACUGUUGCACUUGUUGGAGAAAGUGGGAGUGGUAAAUCGACAGUGAUUGCAUUGCUGCAAAGAUUCUACGAUCCGGAUUCAGGUCAUAUAACACUCGAUGGAGUUGAAAUCCAAAAGCUCCAAUUGAGGUGGUUAAGGCAGCAAAUGGGACUUGUCAGCCAAGAACCUGCUUUAUUCAACGACACAAUACGCACAAACAUUGCAUAUGGAAAGGAAGGAAUUGCAACUGAGGCAGAGACUAUUGCUGCAGCAGAGAUGGCCAAUGCCCACAGUUUCAUCAGUAGUUUACAGCAGGGUUACGAAACAACGGUAGGGGAGCGAGGAAUUCAGUUGUCUGGAGGACAAAAGCAAAGGGUAGCUAUUGCUCGUGCCAUAGUCAAAAGUCCAAAGAUAUUACUACUAGACGAGGCAACUAGCGCAUUAGAUGCUGAAUCAGAAAGGGUGGUUCAGGAUGCUCUAGACAGAGUCAUGGUGAACAGAACUACAGUUGUUGUAGCUCAUCGGUUAUCCACAAUCAGGAAUGCAGAUCUUAUUGCUGUAGUUAAGAACGGAAUUAUAGUUGAGAAAGGAAGGCACGAAACACUGAUCAACAUAAAAGAUGGUUUCUAUGCUUCCUUAGUUGCACUUCACAUGACUGCUAAAACAGCAUAAACUAUUUUACCUUCAGUUUUCAUAUAUAAUUUAGACUUUAGAGUUAUUGUGUCUUUUUUAUGAGAAAAAGAAUGGACCAUAUAAAUUUAAUAGAAAAAAAUGUAUACUGAUAUGUAAAUGUAACAUAUAUUCCAUUUUUCCAGAUAA